UCAUAUCACAAACGUUGGAAAUUACUGCACUGAGCCCUUCAAAUUCACUCAGGGGACUGACUGGUCCCUUCAAGUUCACUCAGGGGACUGCCCCUUCAAAUUCAAAUUCGUUCAGGGUACUGACUGGCUCCUUUAAACUCAUCCAACGACCUCCAACAUUAUCACUUAUUACUUCGCUGACACACGGCCUCCUCCCAGUGAUUUAUUAAAAAUCGUUUGAAUGCACGAGCGUGCAGUAAAUUUUGUUUCCCAAAGAAGGAUGGGAACAUUUCACAAAUGGCAACUGGAGUGCGUCUGAAUGAAUUAUACCGCAUUGUGUUAGAGCUUUUCCUUUUGUGUUAUUAUUUAUACGUGCUCAUUCAAUUGUUGUUUUCAAAUGCCUAAACAUAUAAAUAUUCCGGGUAUAUAUACAUUUGCUGUUCUAUUAUAUUUUUAAAUAGAUGCUUGUCAAUGUACAUACACUGUAUAUAUAUAUAUAUGUAUAUAUAUAUAUUCACUUAUUUACAUAUAUGUAAUACAUACAGAUACAUUACAUUCGUGAUAUACAUACAUAAUACACCUACACAUACGAACUUGCAUAAAUAUUACAUAUAUGCAUGCAUACAUAUACACGUUUGUACACGGUUACUCGGACACAUGCAUACAUAUAUGCAUUAUUAGUGCAUGCAUGCAUACAUACACAGACAUGAAAACAUGCACACGUAAGUUUACGCGUUAAGUAUACACGCGCGGUGCAUGGAUGCCUAACAGCCAUGGAAGGCGCGAAUGCGUGCACAUCACCUCGUAGCACCAUUGGUAGCGCCCAUGUUGGUUAUGAGCUUCGGACGUGCAGUGUUCAAACCGGCUCGUCGUGCAAUAACUACAAAAAAGACGUGGCACUUCCAGCGUCUGAGCUAACUUGCCGGUCAAGAUUGCUCAUCAAAUCAGCCACCCGCCAAUAUUUGUACACAAGUCAGAUAUGUAUUUUCGUAUGGGCAAAAUGGACUAUAGCCCAGGGCGGCAAAUUUAGGUGGCAGCAAAUUUUGGAAAUAGCCAAAAUCUACGAAUCAUGGGCAGAACAUGUUACAAGUGUAAGAGAGGACUUUGACAUUUAUGAAAAUGGAGCUUUUGUAGUAAAGACUGGAAUCACUGAAUACAAAGAGACGACUACAAGAAAAAUGAAAAGAAAAAUUCUAAAAGGAGAGUAUUUAUUGAAGUAUGAAUGGUUGUUGAAAAACAAGCGAUGCCCACGAAACAGAGGAGGGCAGCGUUAUAGUGAUAGCCUAUGGACGGCAGAUUAUCAAAUCCGCCUCUGA